CUUCGCUUAGCCCAAGCCAUUUUGGAAGGCCUUACGUGGUGUCGUCUGUUUUCGCCUCGUGGAAAAACACUCACCUUUACCGAGUGUCUUGCUUCACUUGUGAGUCGAGAAGAGUCAUUUGCAAAAAUUUUUGAAACGUUUCAAGUUUGCGAACAUUAGUUUUGUAGGGGGGGGGAAAUAGUUUUGUCAAGUUUUGUUCCCGCCGGCGGAGAAGCGCAUUGGAACUGUUGUCAUCCGGUGUUGACGAAACAGAUCGCUGUCCCAGUGUUGCAUCGAACAAAGGAAGAACAAAACUGAUGUUCGUCCUGUAGCACAAUCUACGGGAAUUGUUGAAGAAAGUUGGUAUUAAACAUAUCGUGGCGUGGUUGUGUGAAGUGACGUUAAGUUGAGAAGCUUUUCUCCGUCAGACAACCAACAGAUUGGGCUGACUGAUUCAGCUCUGUUAGCAUCAGCUAAGGUUAGCCGGACAAACGGGGGGCUAACCGCUUUUCUGUUUUCAUUCAGAAAACAAGCUUUUUCUUAAAUACGAGAAUGGCGGAGGGGUACAUUCGGGUGGCGGAAGAGGAAAACGAGGAGCCCAUGGAGAUCCCGGCCGAGGACGACGGUACGGUUCUGCUGUCAACAGUAGCGGCUCAGUUUCCAGGGGCCUGCGGCCUGCGGUUCAGGAGCCCCGUGUCCCAGUGCAUGCGUGGAGUGCGUCUCGUGGAGGGGGUCCUGCACGCGCCAGAAAACGGAUGGGGGAACGUUGUAUACGUAGUGAACUACCCAAAAGAUAACAAAAGGAAAAUGGAUGAAAUUGAUGCCUCUUCGGCUGUGAAGAUGAAGAGGGGAGACAUGAAGACCUCUGACCUGAUUGUUCUGGGUCUGCCCUGGAAAACAACUGAACAGGACCUGAAAGACUACUUUAGCACAUUUGGAGAAGUUAUAAUGGUCCAGGUUAAACGAGAUGCUAAGACUGGUAACUCCAAAGGAUUUGGUUUUGUGAGAUUCACAGAGUACGAAGCUCAGGAAAAAGUGAUUUCCCAGCGCCACAUGAUUGAUGGAAGAUGGUGUGACUGCAAGCUUCCUAACUCGAAGCAAGGUCCCGAUGAGCCACUGAGGAGCCGGAAAGUGUUUGUCGGACGCUGCACAGAGGACAUGACCACAGAUGACCUUCGGCAGUUUUUCAUGCAGUAUGGAGAAGUCACAGACGUCUUUAUCCCCAAACCAUUCCGGGCUUUUGCCUUUGUGACAUUUGCAGAUGAUCAGGUUGCCCAGUCUCUCUGUGGAGAGGAUCUUAUCAUCAAAGGAGUCAGUGUUCACAUCUCAAACGCUGAGCCCAAACACGGCAAUAGGCAGUUUGACCGUACGGCCCGGUUUGGAAACGGUUUCGGGGCCCAGGCGUUCGGUAGCAACCGUAGUGGGUUGGGGAGCAGCGCUAACAGUAGUCUGGCUAACUUCGGGUCGUUUAGCCUGAACCCCGCCAUGAUGGCCGCUGCUCAGGCUGCUCUGCAGAGUAGUUGGGGCAUGAUGGGUAUGCUGGCGAGCCAGCAACAGACGUCCACCUCAGGCAGCAGCUCUAGUGGGACCAGUUCGAGCAGGGACCAGGGUCAGUCUUUCAGCACAGGCAACAGCAACUACGGCACCAGCUCCGCCAGUCUGGGCUGGGGCUCAGGGUCAAACUCUACGACCAGUGGCAGUGGGUUUAGCUCAGGGUUUGGGUCCAGCAUGGAGUCAAAGUCCUCUGGGUGGGGUAUGUAAGUUAAGUGUUUCUAUGGUAAGUAUUGUGAGAGAGAUGAGUUUUUUCAAAAGUUUAUUUCUGGUGUUGAUGCGUAUCUGAAAACUAAACACUUUGGUGAAAGACGUUUUGUACAUUUGGAGAAAAAAAAAAUGCUAAAGAUUUAAUUUAGGAACUGUUGAAGUGAAUUGUUUACCAGGAUCUCUGACUAAAGUGCUAUUUUUGCUGUCUUGUUUGUUUGUAUCCAUUUCAACUGGAUUCUCUAAUGCAUGUAUUGUGAAAUGUGAUGCCCAUUUAGAAAAUGCAUGAAUGUCUGCGGUUCACCAUUAUCCGGCUUUUGUCACCAUCGGCUUGAGAGGCAAUCUUGCAUUGGAAAGAAUCUGGUUGAAACUUAAAUGUCUUUUUUUUUUUUUUUAAGUGCAACUUUAUUUGCAGUCAAGUUUUGUGGAAAAGCCUUCACUGAAAUCUCUUCUGCAGUUCACCUCUCUUCCAUUUCCCCGCGACGAAGCUCCUCUUUGGCAGUAUUCUUGGGGUGAUACCCGUAUCAUUCUCCCUCUUCCCACCUGUAAAUGCUAUGCCAUCAAAGAACGGCCUCACUCCGCAUGUUCUAAGAGACGGUGGGUGUUUUCACUUUUAUCCACUUUUUUUAAGAGAGCAAAAAAAAAAAAAAAAAAAUGGAGAGAACUGCGCAACUGACAUUUUAAGAACUGAUGAGUGCGAUUGAGGAUGGCUUGUGGCGAGGAGUGAAGCUAUGAGUGAGCGAACGGAGAGAGACGCGUGGAAAGGACUGGUUGUGCGGUGGUAGAGCCCAAUUUGACUGCUUUUCUGAGUGUGUGAGUGGAAGCUGCGGAUGCGACGAGCGCCUCCCCCCUAACAUGGACAUUCUUUAAUUAGUACUUCAAGAUUUGUCCCUUUUUCUUUUUUUUUUUCUUUGCAAGUUUUUUCCUUCCUUCUAAGUAUGUCUAAGUACAGAAAUAUAAAACCUGUAGUGGAAUGUUGUGAUGAAUAUUUGUAUUGCUUAUAUUAUCUGAUUUGAAUGCUGUAUGGUGUGUGCUUUCAUGUUAAUUGAACUGAUCUGUAAGUGUGUUCUUGAUGUGGAUGACACCUGCUGAAGACUCUGGGGGGCCGCGAGUGAGGAUGUGAGAACGUGGAGACGUGUGUGUCCAAUGGUGCCCGGUAGCUCUUUGUUGUUUGUGAGGUGUUUUUAACAAGAAAAACAUGUCAAAUGAAGGGAGUUCUCUAAUAAAGUUCAUUUGAAUAGUUACUUA